GAGCGACGCAAAUUCGGACCAUUGGGUUGGAACAUACCCUAUGAGUUCAACUCUGCGGACUUCACUGCCAGUGUUGAAUUUGUUGAGAGACACUUGGAUGAUUGUGGCCCCAGGAAGGAUGUGUCCUGGGUAACUGUGCGAUACAUGCUAGCUGAGGUGCAGUAUGGAGGAAGGGUUACAGAUGAUUAUGACAAACGCCUACUGCAGUGUUUUGCACGAGUGUGGUUCAGUAAAAAGAUGUUCGACCCAUUAUUUUGCUUCUACACGGGCUACAAAGUCCCAGUGUGCAAGACAGUAGACGAGUACAUUGAAUGUAUUCAGAGCUUACCCACUGCGGACUCCCCACAGGCCUUGGGGCUGCAUCCUAAUGCGGAUAUCACAUAUCAGACAAACACAUCGGCUGAAGUGCUAGAGACAAUUACAAAUAUCCAGCCAAAGGAAAGCGGAGGAGGAUCAGGAGCAACUCGGGAGUCCAUUGUUUACAGCAUGGCAGAAGACAUGUUAGAGAAGCUGCCCCCCAAUUAUGUGCCACAUGAGGUCAAAGCCAGACUGUUGAAGAUGGGAGCUCUAAACCCAAUGAACAUCUUCCUACGCCAAGAGGUAGAUCGAAUGCAAAGGAUCAUCGGUGUGGUGCGGAUUAGUCUGACGGACCUGAAGCUGGCUAUUGAUGGUACCAUCAUAAUGAGCGAGAACCUCCGUGAUGCACUGGACAAUAUCUUUGAUGCCCGUGUGCCGAACCAGUGGAGGAAAGUCUCCUGGGAUUCCUCCACACUGGGCUUCUGGUACACAGAGCUUCUGGAAAGAAACAAACAAUUUCACAGCUGGGUUUUUGAAGGAAGACCAAAAGCUUUUUGGAUGACAGGUUUCUUCAACCCGCAAG